AUUCGGCUGAAGCAUCACUUUGAGGAGUAGAAAGUGCAAUCAACUCAUUGCCUGCAAUCAUUGUUCGAGAAACAGCCUGCAGAGUCGGCGGCGGUGGGGUUCAGGAUCUGUCAAUUUCGUGAUCUAGCAGCUGGCCGGCCACUUCCGCCUCCAGAUAUAUGAAAGAAUGAAAACCUUCGUUUGAAUCGUGAUCUGUGGCAUGUUACCAGUUGCGUUCAGAGCUGCACAACUGCUUACUCAGGGGAAACAUUAACUUGAAAACGAUCGGGUGCGUCUUCUGGCGAUCAAUCGGUUGAGCGUCCUGCAGGGCAGAAGAGAAUCUGCUGCGAGGGCCACAAAGCUGCAGUGGCUGUGAGAUAGCAAGAAAUUGAGAGGCAUUCUGAGCGUUUUUAGCACAUUCAGGAAGACAUCGUUCUCGUGAUACUCCAAAGUUAUAUGAGCGUAUUGUUAUUGUCGCGACACGUGCAAAGUUUCUCGUGUGCUGAACCAUGUUCGCAGAUUAGUUUUGUGGGUGCUGAUUACCGUGAUUUUGAGUCUACAGUGCAUAUUUUGCGAAGUUUCAAGGAUGGUAGAAUCCACUCUUGUGACGGGGUCGACCUCUCGGUACGCUCCCCCUGAUGCUUACUUGCCGCAGCCAUGGAUAGCUUUGAUCGCCGAGGCCACAGGACACAUUUUUUACUGGAACCCUGAGUCUAAUAUCACGCAGUACGAAAAGCCCUUGCCUUUGCCUCCAAUAGGCCCAGGUUCGCUUCACGAACUACCUGCUGCUCCUCCGCCGUCACGAAGCUCUGAGCCGAAAGAAAUUCAGCAGGCUACAUUUGCCGCUGCUAUUGAGGCCUACAAAAAACAACACGAAGUCACUGUCCUGGUUGGUUGUAGAACCUUGUGCAUGAUUGAUUCAGAGUGAAAACAGCAUAUGUGGUUAGAUGGCGUUGGGUUUUUUGAUCUAGGAUUUGAUCUGGAAUGUGAAAUUGUCUCAGGGAGAGAAUGUCCCCGCGCCGCUUUUGUCGUUCGAGGCGGCUGAGUUUCCGAUAGCAUUGCUUGGAGAGGUAAACCGGCGGUGGGAAUCACCUGUGUAUGCAGCUGCAUACCACCGGAAAACACAAAUUGCUUGAAACAGGGUCGU